AUGGACAUUUCAGAACUUUGUCUUCCAGACCCUCUCAGCUAUCAUAACCAGGCUUUGUCCAAUUCAUUAGAGAGAUUCCUGCGUCCCCUGGCCACGCUGGAGCCCUCUCAUUUCUGGCUGUUGAAUAGAAUGGCUGCUGAUGACCGGCACCUGCCUUCCAGUUGUGGGUCCUACAUCAAGACAGAGCCAUCUAGCCCCUCCUCAGUCAUCGACACCGUCAGCCAUCACAGCCCCAGUGGCAACUCGGACGCCAGUGGGGGCUAUGUGAGCACCAUGAACCACUCCAACGGCCUGGACUCUCCUCCCAUGUUCACCCCUGGUGGCCUCGGCCCAGGAUCCUGCCGCAAACGUUACGAUGACUGCUCCAGCACCAUCAUGGAGGACUCCUCUAUUAAAUGCGAAUACAUGUUGAACUCCCUUCCCAAGAGGCUGUGUUUGGUCUGUGGAGAUAUAGCCUCUGGGUAUCACUACGGGGUGGCCUCAUGUGAGGCCUGCAAAGCCUUUUUUAAAAGGACAAUACAAGGUAACAUAGAAUACAGCUGUCCGGCAACAAAUGAGUGUGAGAUCACAAAAAGAAGACGCAAAUCAUGUCAGGCUUGUCGCUUCAUGAAAUGCCUAAAAGUGGGGAUGCUAAAAGAAGGUAAGAACAGAGUGCGUCUGGACCGUGUGCGAGGGGGCAGACAGAAGUACAAACGGAGGCUGGACACAGAGAACAACCCAUACCUGGGGCUGACGCUCCCCCCUCCCACCAAAAAGCCUCUUACAAAAAUAGUAUCGCACUUACUGGUGGCUGAACCAGAGAAGAUCUAUGCCAUGCCAGACCCAACCAUGCCAGAGAGCGACAUCAAGGCGCUAACCACACUAUGUGACCUGGCAGACCGCGAGUUAGUCGUCAUCAUCGGCUGGGCCAAACACAUCCCAGGGUUCUCCACUCUGUCCUUGGGCGAUCAGAUGAGUCUUCUUCAGAGUGCAUGGAUGGAGAUCCUGAUUCUGAGCAUCGUAUUCCGCUCUCUGCCAUACCAGGACGAGCUGGUUUACGCAGAGGACUACAUCAUGGAUGAAGAGCACUCGCGGCUCACCGGCCUGCUCGACCUCUACCUGUCCAUCCUGCAGCUGGUGCGCAAGUACAAGAAGCUCAAGGUGGAGAAGGAGGAGUUUGUCACGCUCAAAGCCAUCGCGCUAGCCAACUCAGAUUCUAUGCACAUAGAGGACAUGGAGGCGGUGCAGAAGCUUCAGGACGCACUGCAUGAGGCUCUGCAGGACUACGAGAGCAGCCAGCACCAGGAGGACCCUCGGCGGGCAGGCAAACUACUCAUGACCCUACCCUUGCUCCGGCAGACUGCCACCAAGGCAGUGCAGCACUUUUACAGCAUCAAGGUGCAGGGCAAAGUGCCCAUGCACAAACUCUUUUUGGAGAUGCUUGAGGCUAAAGUCUGA